UGCUAGCAGAGCUAGCUUGUUGUUGUUCUGGUGUGCGAGGAGAAUAUUUGAGGCUCUGCAGUAAAAAUGUCUUCACUUCAGUCUCUGGGAGAGUUGAUCAGCUAAAGCGACUAACUGCUGCUGCUGCAGAAAUCUUCUCACCAGGCUGUGGAAACUUUCUUCUCCUCCUCAACAACUUGGUGGAGUUCUUUCCAGAACCAGAGAAGAUAUUCUGCGGUCUUCGUGACAAUCGGAGCUCCAGAAUCAGGUUGUGGCUGUUAGCUAAACACGGCUAAAGAAAACCUGCUACCACUUCAGGAUCAUCCAUCAGCUGGGACUGAUUCAUCGUGUGUUCUUCACCACCUGGACCUGGACAGCAUGGACACAGAAACAGUCAGCCGUAACAGAACAUUGCUUAAGAGAAAACCAUAUAAUGGACUGGGACAGCACACGGAUCAUAACCACUGAACAACAAAAAUACAAAAGAUGGAUCAAGGAAGCAAUAGAGAUAAGGAGACGUGGAUGUGGGACCAUGAACAGGGACGACGGAGUUUACACGCUGGACCACGCAUGGGACUGCAUCGUCGGAGAGGGGAGAGCGGGCAGUAGAGGGCGACAACGUCCUCUGCUGCCCGCAGAUAAACGGAGAAGGAAGUGACGCGCCACCAUCAGCGUCAGCCUGAAGAAGCCGGCAGCUGUCGGCGAAACCGUAGCUACAAACAGAUGUUCCACAGCUGGUGCUGGUUAAAGAAGAAGCUCCUGAAGAACAGAGUGCUGGUGUGGACCAGCAGGACCCAGAACACCUCCACAUAAAGGAGGAACAGGAGGAGCUCUGGACCAGUCUGGAGGGAGAGCAUCUCUGUUUGAAGAAGGAGACUGAAGCUGUCGGGUUUCCUGUUACUGCUGUUUCUAUAAAGAGUGAGGAUGAUGAAGAGAAACCUCUGGUCUCACAGCUUCAUCAGCAGCAAAUAGAAGACAGAGAUGUUCCAACCAGCAGCUCAGCUGACCAGAUGGCAGCAGAAACUGGUGGAGGAGCAGGAACUAGCAGGAACCCAGAUCUGAACCCUCAUGAACAAACACCUGAUUCUUCAGAGACUGAAGUUAGUGGAGAUGAUGAUGAUGAUGAUGGUGUGAAUCUGGACUCUGAGCUGUCAGACUCUGGGUCUGAAACUGGAGAUGAAGAUGAUGACUGGAAUGAGAGCAGGUCUUCUGAGUCAGAUGAUGUUCCACAGCUGGCGCUGGUUAAAGAAGAAGCUCCUGAAGAACAGAGUGCUGGUGUGGACCAGCAGGACCCAGAACACCUCCACAUAAAGGAGGAACAGGAGGAGCUCUGGACCAGUCUGGAGGGAGAGCAUCUCUGUUUGAAGGAGGAGACUGAAGCUGUCGGGUUUCCUGUUACUGCUGUUUCUAUAAAGAGUGAGGAUGAUGAAGAGAAACCUCUGGUCUCACAGCUUCAUCAGCAGCAAAUAGAAGACAGAGAUGUUCCAACCAGCAGCUCAGCUGACCAGAUGGCAGCAGAAACUGGUGGAGGAGCAGGAACUAGCAGGAACCCAGAUCUGAACCCUCAUGAACAAACAUCUGAUUCUUCAGAGACUGAAGUUAGUGGAGAUGAUGAUGAUGAAGAUGAUGAUGAUGAUGAUGAUGAUGAUGAUGUGAAUCUGGACUCUGAGCUGUCAGACUCUGGGUCUGAAACUGGAGAUGAAGAUGAUGACUGGAAUGAGAGCAGGUCUUCUGAGUCAGAUGUUUCAAGGAAGAGAGAAGAGACGGAUGAGAAACCUCUGCUCUUACAUUUCCACAACCAUCAAAUGAAAGACGGAGGUGUCCCAACCAGCAGCUUGGCUGGGCAGAUGUCAGCAAAAGUUGGUGGAGGAGCAGAAACUAUCAAGAACCUAGAUCUGGACCCUAAUGAAAAGACAUCCGAUUCUUCAGAGAUUGAAGUUAGUGGAGAAGAUGAUGAUGAUGUGAAUCUAGACACUGAGCGUUCAGACUCUGGGCCUGAAACUGGAAACGGAGACCAUGGCUGUAAUGAGAACAAGUCUUCGGAGUCAGAUAUUAAGACCGUCAACAAAUCAUUUAGCUGCCCUGUGUGUGGUAUACGGUUCCUCCACAAGUGGUCUCUUCAGAAACAUGUGAGAGUGACAAGUUAUUCAGCAGUAAAGUCUUCAGAAUGUUCGGUUAAUACAAAAUGUGUGAAAGAGAAGCAACAUGGAGGCUCAUGUAGAAAAGUCCAGAAAGAACGAAAAUUAUUUAGUUGUGAUGACUGUGGAAAAAGAUUUAGUCUAAAGUCCAAAUUAACCCGUCAUAUGAAAGACCACACCGGGCAGAAGCCUUUUGCCUGUGAGCUCUGUGGAUACAGAUGUACCCAAAAGUCACAUUUAAAUGAUCACAUGAAAGUCCACACAGGAGAGAAGCUGUUUGCCUGUGAGCUCUGCGAAUACAGAUGUACCCAUAAGGCAAAUUUAAACACACACAUAAGAGUCCACACAGGAGAGAAGCCGUUUGCCUGUGAGCUCUGUGUAUACAGAUGUACCAAAAAGGGAAGUUUAAAAACACACAUGAGAGUCCACACAGGAGAGAAGCCGUUUGCCUGUGAGCUCUGUGGAUACAGAUGUACCAAAAAGGGAAGUUUAAAAACACACAUGAGAGUCCACACAGGAGAGAAGCCGUUUGCCUGUGAGCUCUGUGGAUACAGAUGUACCAAAAAGUCACAUUUAAAUGAUCACAUGAGAGUCCACACAGGGGAGAAGCCUUUUGCCUGUGAGCUCUGUGGAUACAGAUGUACCAAAAAGGGAAGUUUAAAAACACACAUGAGAGUCCACACAGGAGAGAAGCCUUUUGCCUGUGAGCUCUGCGAAUUCAGAUGUACCCAAAAGGCAAGUUUAAAAACACACAUUAGAGUCCACACAGGAGAGAAGCCGUUUGCCUGUGAGCUCUGCGAAUUCAGAUGUACCCAAAAAGCAAGUUUAAACACACACAUUAGAGUCCACACAGGAGAGAAGCUUUUUACCUGUGAGCUCUGCGAAUACAGAUGUACCCAAAAGGCAAAUUUAAACAAACACAUGAGAGUCCACACAGGAGAGAAGCCGUUUGCCUGUGAGCUCUGCGAGUACAGAUGUACCCAUAAGGCAAGUUUAAAAACACACAUGAGAGUCCACACAGGAGAGAAGCCGUUUGCCUGUGAGCUCUGCGAGUACAGAUGUACCCAUAAGGCAAGUUUAAAAACACACAUGAGAGUCCACACAGGAGAGAAGCCGUUUGCCUGUGAGCUCUGCGAAUACAGAUGUACCCAAAAGUCAAAUUUAAACAAUCACAUGAGAGUCCACACAGGAGAGAAGCCGUUUGCCUGUGAGCUCUGUGGAUACAAAUGUACCAAAAAGGGAAGUUUAAAAACACACAUGAGAGUCCACACAGGAGAGAAGCCUUUUGCCUGUGAGCUCUGUGGACAAAGAUUUAGCCAAAAGACAAAUUUAAAGAGACAUACGAGCAUCCACACGAGGCUCGAAGGAUUUAUUUAACAACAGUACUUCCAAAUGUACUAUUUAGUUUUUUUUUAACAACCUUAAUAUUAGUCUUGUACCUCUGCUCAAGUAUCGUUGAUCAAGUCCGUACUCGGCCUUUGAGCCACCUCUUCUUUUGAUUUUCAUUUUCAAAUCUCCUUUGUUUUUUAAUCUCAGACCUUAACCAAACAUUUGAGAUGUUCAUUCAUGAAUUCUGAGUACAAAAAAUAUUACUUAAAUAUUAAGAAAAAACUGUUUUACCCUCCUGUAUUUAAGAAACAGACAAGAUAGACACAUGAUGGUUGUAGUACAUAACCCACUGCAAUUUAAAGCUGUUAGAUACCGGUGGCAUCUGCUUUAAAUAAUUUAUCUGUAUAUAAAGUAAUAGCAUACAAUGUUGUAAUAACUGCAGCUUAAAAAGAAUGUGUCUUUAUUCAUUUGGAGCCCCUAAUGGGCGGCGUACACUAUGCGACUUUUUCACUUUGUUGAGCCGAUUUUCCAGUCGUGCGAGAAUCCACGACAUCGGGGCGAGUUUUGCGCCGAGCGGUCGUGUAGUGUACAGGGGGUUACGAGAGGCGAUUAACACCACGUGACCAGCUGCCGAUCAGCAGUCGUGAGGUCGCACGGACUUCUGGCGUGUUUAAUAUUUCGCUCGUCCCUCGUGAGGGUAUCGCACUGUUGAAGCGGCACUGCGAGCAGCUGCGACCCAAAAAGUAUCAGAACCGCUCACGGCGCAUUGCGCAAUCCUGCAUCAACACCGCUCGCUCGCUAUUUCCCUAAUAACACACGUUGUUCGUUUUUGUUUCUACACGUUUUUUUUUACUCACAAAGAUUGUCAAGAAAGCGUGUUUGUCGUGUUCAUGUCAAAUUAAACUGAUCACAAAACACAGAUUUACUUUCUUUAUUUCGUUUUCCUCAUCCAACCCCCAUAAAUCCCUGUGUGUCCUCCUGCAGCGCUCCCGAAGGACAACAGGCAAAACAAGACAAAAAAGUCUGACGUGUUGUGUAAAAAUUGCUAUUUUUAGCAUAUUUUUAGGUCCGACGUGUUGCUACCAGACGUACAGUGUGAGCAGUCAGGUCGCAUCCAAGAACUGGGUCGUACAGUGUGAGCACACGACUCGUGAGAUCUGCUCUGCGAGGAAGUCGUACAGUUUGAGCUGAAGCUGAACCCUGCGAGUGAAAAAGUCGCACAGUGUCCGCCCGGUUUAAGAAGAAAUCCCACCUUAAAGGCUGUGGAGAGACAGCUGGGACUGUUGUCAAGAAGUCAUAAAUUACAAGGCGACUCUGUGGAGACUCCAUUCUCCUACAAUAACAUUUUGCUAUUAUAAGCAGGCUUAGGAAUGUGCCUGCACCAGAGUUUUUAGAGAUGCUGUUGCAGAGUUAUAAGCAGUGGACAGAUGCUGGAAAGACAGAACCACUUUUGGGCUGCAUGGUUCUCCACCGGUGUACCGAUGCUUGUAUUAACAUGGACUAGAUUGUAAUAAACCGGUUAUCUUUUUUAACUCAAA